AUGCUGUCUACUGUGAAUGACAGAGCUCGGCAAAUCGUCGAGUAUCUGGUGACAUCGUUGGACACGCCAUAUCAUGGAUCCAGCUCCAUGACCCCAACUGUCUAUGAUACCGCCUGGCUGGCUAUGGUGUCGACCAGUACGAAGCAUGACGGAGAAACACGCUGGCUGUUCCCAGAAUGCUUUCAAUCAAUUCUAGAGAGCCAGUCUCCGGAAGGAGGAUUUGGCGCGCAGAGCGCAGAGGUAGAUGAAAUCUUGAACACAAUGGCAGCCCUAUUAGCCCUCUGCAAGCAUGAAAAGAACCCAUCGGUGACCGGGUGCCCAUCAGUGCCUGACUUGGCAAGCAGAAUUGCUCGAGGGCGCCGCUUCUUGGAACAGAAAUUGCAGCGCUGGGAUGUACGGUCGACGGUACAUGUUGGGUUUGAGAUCCUUGUUCCCAAUCUGUUGGACAUGCUGCUCGCAGAAGGAUUAGAUUUUCAGUUCCCGGGUUUCAAGGUCCUGAUGGCAAUGAAUCAACAAAAACUCGCCAAGUUUUCCCCAGCCAUUCUUUAUACACCCCAUAAGACGACAUUAUUACACUCGCUGGAGGCUUUUAUUGGAAAGAUUGACUUUGAUAAGGUCGCUCACCACCUCCACUCCGGAGCCAUGAUGGGUUCGCCUUCGUCCACCGCGGCAUAUCUGAUGAACAGUUCGAGCUGGAAUCCUGACGCGGAGGCUUACCUGCGCUUUGUCGUCGAGGCUGGGAAGGGUUGUGUCCCAAGCGCAUUCCCUGUUAGCGUGUUUGAGAUCGCAUGGGUUCUCUCGACGCUGCUCGAGUCCGGCUUCACCGUUGAUCUCCUUGGAAAGAAUAAUGUUGCCACAAUUGCAGACUUCCUGGAGACCCAAUUACGGAACAAUGCAGGAAUCACUGGUUUUGGUGCGUUAACUUCCUCCGAGUGGAAUAUUCAGAAGUGUUCUGCUGAUCCUCUGGAAGCCCCUGGAAUUCUUCCAGACGCAGAUGAUACCGCAAAAGCUAUCUUGUCGCUCAAUCUCUUAGGCCGGCCCACAGGGUGUGAAAAGAUGAUCGAGUCAUUCGAGGCUCAGACUCACUUCAAAACAUACGAUUUCGAGACAACAGAGUCGUUCAGUGCCAAUUGCAAUGUUCUUACAGCCAUUCUUCAGUCUAAAAACCCCUCGAACCAUCUCUCUCAGCUUUCAAAAGCGCUCGAUUUUCUCUGCCAGACAUGGUACCACGGAGAGUUGAACGAUAAAUGGAAUUUGGAACGUCAAUAUUCGAUGUUGCUCCUGGCAGGGAGCCUGACACAGGUCGUAAAACUAUGGGAUACUGGAGCCUUAGCUGAUCUUCCACCGGAUCUGAUUGCACACCGCAUUCCGCUGGUGACCUUCCAGAUUCUUGUGCGAACCCUCAGUGCGCAAUCCGAGCAAGGCUCGUGGAAAGGCUCGCCGGAGAUUACAGCCUAUGCACUGUUGACCUUGAAAAAACUUGCUUCGCUACCUUGGACGAAGACCCUUGAAGCAACAGUAAAUGAUAGUAUCCUCCGUGGAACUAGAUUCCUUGAAGCCAACGAAACAAAAUGGAAUAGGCCGGGAUUCAUCUGGGUGGAGAAGGUCAGCUACGGAUCUGGGAUCCUCUCAGAGACAUAUUGUCUGGCAGCGCUGCAAGCUUCCAGUGCCUACAACUGGGGCGAGAAUGUCUUAAAUCUGUGGAAGAUCGAUACAAAAGCAGUUGACAAGUUUUCCCAAUUCUUUUCAAAACUGCCAAUCUUUUCGCAGCAGCCAAAAUGGAAGCUGCGAGCUUCUAUCGUGGAAGGAUAUCUGUUCGCACCUUUACUCCAUCAGACCCAGCCUGAUAUCUUUCCGAGAAAGGACAGGAGCGGUGACAAGUACCGGGAGUACAUUCCUUUUACAUGGACGCUGUGCAACAAUGCAACGGACUUUGGCAUAUCAACGCAGACCAUGUGUGAUAUGAUGGUACUCUCAAUGCUCAACUUUCAAGCCGACGAAUAUCUCGAGCAAGCCACAGAGCACCCGGAUUUGAAGGGAAAUUUCGGAGCUCUUAGGGCCGUUAUCCGCCGACUUUUUGAUAGUCAUGGUCAAGAUAUGGAGAAUGGCCACCCGAGCCACACUAUCGCUCAGAGCGAGACACACCAAUCCAAGUUCCUCCUCGAAGUGGAGCAGACUCUCUAUCGCUUUAUCUCGUAUGUGUUGAAUCACCCCAAGGUUUCUGGCUCUUCCGAGGUCGUACACCGCCGCAUCAGACAGGAACUGUCGAUUUUUCUUCAGGCCCAUGUCACCCACGGCGAGGAUAACACCAGACUGCGUAAGCCGGCCUCGCCAGAGAAGUUAGCGGUCUUCACCAGCGCCAGGGGUACCUACUACGACUGGGUGCGCACUACAUCUGCGGAUCACACGAGCUGCCCUUAUUCCUUCGAAUUCUUUCGCUGUUUGAUUGCUCCAUCUGGAGGAGAUUGUUUCUCCGGUGCCCUUUCGCGAUAUCUCGCCCAAGAUGUCUGCCGCCAUCUGGCCACUAUGUGUCGACAGUAUAACGAUUACGGGUCCAUCGCGCGCGACCGCGCAGAAAACAAUCUCAACAGUGCCAACUUUCCUGAAUUUCAUGAGCAGGAAGAAGACGGGAGCAAGAAUGGCUACCCCAAUGGGCUACAGACUGAUUCUUCUUCCGAAUCGACAAAACUGGCAGAUGAGAUUCGGCAAACCCUGCUCCAAAUCGCCAGUUACGAGCGGGAGUGUCUCGAUCUUGCGGUGCAGAAAUUGAAGCCGGAGGUUGACCCGCAGACUUGGAAAGCCGUUCAGGUCUUCAUCAAUGUCACCGACCUCUAUGGACAAAUCUAUGUUGUACGAGAUAUUCACUCUAGAAUGACGAAAUAG